GGCUCCCGCCUCCGCCUCCUGUCCCCCCGCGCCUCGCCUCCCUCCGGGCUCGGCCCGGCCCCCCCCCCCCCGAGCGGCCGCGGAGACCGCGCAGCGCGGGAGGCGGGAUCCGCACGGGAGGGCUCCGGACCGCACAGCGCCUGGGCGCUGCAGUUCGGUGUUUCCUCUUAAGGGGCGAGCGUUUCGAGGGGAGGCUCCGACGUUCAGAAGCGGUCGCGCACGACUGUCGAUAAUUCCGCGAAACACCGCUCCUGUGCGCCUGCGGAGGGAACGAUUUUUAUGACAGCCGCGUCAGAGCGGACGCGGACCUGGUGAGGACGUACACGCCGCCAGGAAAAAAUAAGUCAGAAUGAGUUAUGCAGAAAAACCUGAUGAAAUCACAAAAGAUGAGUGGAUGGAGAAACUCAAUAACUUGCAUGUCCAGCGGGCGGACAUGAACCGCCUCAUUAUGAACUACCUGGUCACAGAGGGCUUUAAGGAAGCAGCAGAGAAGUUUCGAAUGGAAUCUGGGAUUGAACCUAGUGUGGAUCUAGAAACACUUGAUGAGCGGAUUAAAAUCCGUGAGAUGAUUCUGAAAGGCCAGAUCCAGGAGGCUAUUGCAUUGAUCAACAGUCUCCACCCAGAGCUCCUGGACACAAACCGGUACCUUUACUUCCACCUGCAACAACAGCACCUCAUAGAGCUGAUCCGCCAGCGUGAGACCGAGGCGGCGCUGGAGUUCGCGCAGACCCAGCUGGCAGAGCAAGGUGAGGAGAGCAGGGAGUGCCUGACGGAGAUGGAGCGCACUCUGGCCCUGCUGGCCUUUGAUAACCCUGAGGAGUCGCCUUUUGGAGACCUGCUUCAUAUGAUGCAGAGGCAGAAGGUGUGGAGUGAGGUUAACCAAGCUGUACUAGAUUAUGAAAAUCGUGAGUCAACACCCAAGCUGGCAAAAUUACUGAAACUCCUCCUUUGGGCUCAGAAUGAGCUGGACCAGAAGAAAGUAAAAUAUCCCAAAAUGACAGACCUGAGCAAAGGUGUGAUCGAGGAGCCCAAGUAGAGUCUGUGCCCGCAGCCCCGUGCUUCCCCGGCUCGGACUCCUCGGAGCAGCUGUCUGGGACUGAAACGUUUUUACUGCAGUAGAGAACUCUACCCUCCCCCACCUUUGUUUUUUGACCCGGCAUCUUUUUUAAAGGGAAAAAUGGCCCUUUUGAGCGCUGGAAAACUUGCAAUGAAUGACGCUGUCUCUUUGGAAGUGUGAUGCAGACUGCUCGGGGUGUGCUCUGAAGGCGUGGAUGGGCCGCGCUCCUGCUGUUGGGCUCCUGCAGGAUCGCACCCGCCACGGAGUGCGCGGUUAUGAGGGCAUAUUGUUAAACUGAGGCCUCCCAUUCAAAUCUACGAAAAGCACUGAUCGUUAUUUUGCUUUCUGUUAGCUUGUAGGCAGAACAUACGUUUUCUCAGAUCUCCUAAGACUCGUCAGGCCUUUGUGCAGAAGUUUUUUCUUACCCCUUGGUUUUUUGUUUUUGUUUUUUCAUAGGAAAGACUAUAUAAAUUUGUAAAUCCUAAUUCAAAGACUUCUUUUGUGUGAGGGCAUUGAGUUUGAUUUGUUUUCCCUUUUGGUCUGGGUUGUGUGGCUUUUGGGGAGAUGUGUGCGUGAGGGGUGGGGCUGUGUGUUUUUUAAUUUUUUAAAUAUAUAUUUUGGUGCUGGUUGUGGUGAGAGACUCUUUCCUAGUGGAUCAAUGAACCUUCUCUUCUAGGCAGUUUUGUUGAAAAUAAAGGUUUCUCUUUGAUCUCAAGAAUGACCAAAAUGGCCUCUAAAAAGUUUUAAUCAUCUCAAACAAACCUGUUGCUUUCAAACCUGUUGCUUUCGGGGCUUAUGUCCUGGUGGUGAUGGCAGUGGCAUCAGCUCAUCCCUGCGGCCGGAGGGCCCCUUGGCCUGGUGUGGCCCGCGUGCUUGGAAGCAGAUGCGGCGGGGGGAGGGAGCGCCGUGCUGCCGGCUGCUGUACCUGGGCCGCAGGUUCCCUGGCUGGGAGUGCGUGCUUGCCUCAGGAGGCUGGCACCACAGGUUGGUGUGUGCUCGCUGUCUCGUGGUGGUCGUGAGUUCCCAGGCAUCCUCAUUCUGCACUUUCCCAGGUCCCGCCACUGGUGCAGGUACUGGGAUGCAGGUGCCCCUGUGACUCGGAGUGCCAACACGUGUGUGUGGACUCACUGCAGGUGCCACUGGGCACAGGUUCUGUAGGGCGACGGUUACAGAGCCAAGUCUCGUGGUGGUGACGGUGUCCGGGAGCGCACAUCCUCUGGUGGGAGCUCCCAGCUGCUGCGGUGGCUGGGACUCUGUCCUCCCUGGGUGGAUCCCGGUGCCAGGACGGAGUCUGGCACCUGGGGCUUCGUGGAGGCAGAUACCAAUGGCAGCCGAAUUGCAGGGAGCAUGUUCCCGCGUCAGGCAGGGUUGGGCAGGCUUGUGGCCAUGCCCGUAGGUCAGGUGGUGUGCGUCUGCUUGCUGGGCCCUGUCCCCACCUGCCUGUAGACCUGGGCGGCAUCGUGAAGGGCUGUCAUGUCAGCUCUUCUCUCACUCCCCGUCUGCUUUCCACCUGCACUCUGGGAGCAGUGGUUUUCUCCAGUGGGCAGGAGCCUGGGGCAGGGUCGGCUGCCCUGGGUGAUCACCGAUGCAGAGGCAAGGUGGUGCAGGCCCUGGGGGCUGUCUGGCCUCUGACUGCCAUUCUGCUGCCCUUGUGGUUUUGUGAGGAUGAAAGGCGGGGGGCGGGGAGGGGGUCUUCUUGACGCCCAGGAGCGGACGUGUUUCCGCUCUGACCGGCUCAGCAGUCCUCUCCAAAUGUGACCUUUCUUUGGGGCCAUUUCCUCUGAGACUUGGGGGUAUUAAGAGCAGAAGGUUUUAGUCUUCAGGUAGUUAAUCGUCACACAGAGCAGAAGAUGGAAGAGAAAAUACCAGCAGAGAGGUGUGGGUAAACCUACAUGUUUGUAAAGCACCAGAGAAUUCAGCAUGUUUCUAGUCAGCUUUUGUUACUCGUGUAUAUAAGAUCAUUUACGUGCAUAAUUAAUAUAUAAUCACCCUGACACGUUUUUCACAUUAGAGGGUGUCAGAUGCGUAGUGACGGGAAGUUCUGUAUGUGGGAGCCACCCAUGAGCCAUCAGGGCCCGGACGGGGUUUGUCACGUGCAGGAAAUGUGAGCAGCUGUAGGACGGAGUGCUGGUGCACGUCCACCUGUUGGGGCCGUGAGUGACGUCACAGGCCGGUGCUGCCGCUAGUGGGAGCCACGUGUGGUCUGAUGGGGACUCUCAGCUGUGCUCCUGUUGUCCUUGCUUCUGUCUGCGGCCUGGGUUUGGGGUUACACCUCCUGCGCUGUCCCUGUCUGGGGACCUCCUUCAGCAGGAGUGGCUUUGUGGACUUUUCCUGUUUGCCACCUUUUUGCAGUCUCUGUGUCUUCAGCCGGCAAACUAAAUUAAGCCAUUUUGAGAUAAUGAACAUUAAGUAUAAUUUGAUUUUUCUUUGUCUCCUUUGGAUCUUGCCGUUGUGUUUAUUAAAAUGUAAUGUUUUACAUAGAUUAUUCUUUUUACAUUUUCUUGUGGAAAGUGCCUUGAAAUAAAUAAAAUUUGAGACUAUUCUGGUACUCUAUGUUCCUGAUAUCAUGAAGUUGUGUGAGGAAUAACCCCUAAUUUGGAAUCUUUACGCAGCAUAGGGAUUAUUGCAAAUCCAACAAGAGCUAAUAUAUUUUGCCAUGUGAAUUAAGGUUUCCAGGGUCUAGAAAAGGCAGAUGUGUUUUGGGACUGGUCUUUGGGAUGGACUGAAGGCCCCGUGUGUGAGUCCUUGGGGACAAGGAGGUGGCUCUUCCCUGCAGUCAGGAUGCCUCUUCCAAGGGCAGUCUUUGUCAGGCAGGGUGAGGUCUGUUUCCUUGGACAGUGUUACUUUGGGGGAGGGGUGGAGCCAGGGGUUUCAGAAAGAACUGUGUACAUUUUGUGUUAAAGGCAAUGGUGUUUUUGGGGUAAUGGGGCAGGACCCGCUUCUGGGAGUUAACGUGGAGUCCCAGCAGGAGCAGAAGGCCAGACCGAAACCAUCAGGGCGGCUGCCUGCCAGCCGCCGGAGACACUGAGCCGUGCACAGUAGGACAUCGGGGGCCAGGCUGCGCAGCCUUAGAAGCCCUAUGGUGCAGCAUUUUGAUAGGUUAUUCUGACACCACGUGCUUUGUUUUUACAGCGGGUAUGUUUCUGUUUCAGAAAUGCGUUGCUUUUUCAGAUUUAAGAGUAAAUUGUAUUGUCCGCAUUGGUCAUGUGACUUUCGUAUGAGCCUCUUUGCACCCCUGGUUCCGAGUCGGCUUUGUUCCUGAGGGCAUGUGUGCCCGCCACAGCAUCUUCUGAAAAAUGCAGAGUAGGUUGCUUUUGCUGUCUGUUCCUAAUUUCAUAGUACAACUUUUAUGUUUUUCUCAGAGGGGUUAUCUGGAAGGUCUUUUGUAUUUUUCCCUGUAAAGAUAUUCUAAUAAGAAUAAAGUAUUCAAUAUGAUACACA